UGGUGGCACUGGGCACAUACAGAUUACCGGCUUAAGAGGAUACCGGGGCCGCCAUGGGCUACGAUGACCGGGAAGUUAGUGAAGAGGGGCCGGAGGCCAUAGACCUGGAGGGACUCAACCGAAUUCCCCCUCCAGAUGAAAAUGAUUGCCUGCAGAAAUCCUCGUGGGACGGUGACGAGCAGUGUACUGUCUGUGCAGAGGGGGACAGUGCAGAUCCAGGUGACAGCCCCUUCUCCGCUGGAUGUCCCCCGGGAGGGGACACAAAGGACAAGCAGCCCUGCUGUCCCUGCACCUCCUGUGUCUGCCUGCUGGUGACAGAUGAGGAGACUGGGAAAAAGAAAUGUAAGUGCCCGGGUCUUGGGAUCUACUACACCAUUUUGUCCGCUCUGUUCUUCUCCUUAAGCUCCUUGUUGGUUAAGAAGAUUGAAGAUAUGCAUUCUGUGGAAAUUAGCGCCAUUCGCUGUGUUUUUCAGAUGAUUUUUGUGCUUCCGGGUUUAAUUUAUUACAAGACUGGGUUUUUAGGACCCAAGGAUCAAAGGAUUUUCCUUUGCCUCAGAGGGCUCCUUGGCUCCACGGCCAUGAUACUGCUAUAUUAUGCCGUCCAGUCCAUGCCCUUGGCAGACGCCACUGUUAUCACCUUCAGCAGCCCAGCCUUUACUUGCAUAUUUGCCUGUAUAUGCCUCAAGGAGAAGUGCACCGUCUGGGACAUUGUGUUCAUGCUCUUCACCAUCACUGGAGUCGUUCUCGUAGCUCGACCUCCAUUUUUGUUUGGACCCAACAAUGACAGCCUUGAGGAUGAUUAUUCCAACCACAUGAACGGAACUAUCGCCGCCGUGUUUUGUGCGAUCGGUGCUUCAUUAACUUUUGUGCUGCUGAGAAAAAUGGGCAAGUCCGUGCAUUACCUGCUGUCCAUCUGGUACUAUGCUGUCAUUGGCCUCAUUGAGUGUGUCAUUGUCCUGUUUGUCAUAGGUGCCUGGACCCUGCCUUACUGUGGGCUAAACAGAUGGCUUCUGGUACUUAUUGGUCUCCUGGGCCUGGGAGGCCAAAUCUUUCUGGUUAAAGCUUUACAGAUUGAGAAAGCCGGGCCGGUGUCUGUCAUGAGGACCAUGGACGUGGUUUUUGCUUUUAUUUUUCAGACCCUUUUCCUCCACCACAUUCCCACAUGGCUGACAAUCGGCGGGGCUCUAUGCAUUGUCGCCAGCACGGCUGGUACUGCCAUCCUCAAGUGGUACACGAGCUCAAGGAAAGCGAAGCAGAUCGAAUUGUAAAUCAUACAUGGGAAAGAGUGUCUAAGGGGUCAUGCACACGGCCGUGGCCCCAUUGAGUCCUGCAUACGGCGGGUCCGCAAUACACGGGCACUGGCCGUGUGCAUCACAGAUUGCGGACCCAUUCACUU